AUGAGUCUUGCACCGGCAAACCGUAACACUAAAGGUGAUUCAACUUCAACUAUCACAGAUAACAACGAGAAGGAGAUGGAGAGUGAUUCAACUAAAACCGAUCCAAAGUCGAAGAAGCGAAGUUUGUUUGGGUUUGGGAAGAAGAAGGGCGACUCUAAACCUGGUGCUAAACCUUCCCCUCAAUCCUCUUCGGGACUCCCGAAUUCGCCAUCUGCGAAAGAUGUCCCUCAUACAUCAACGAAACGUUCGGUGACUAGUUCGCCAAUUCCAGCUGGUAGUCCCAAUAUGACACCGUCCUCACCUAGUCGCGGAUUAUAUUCGUCGUCUCCACGAUUAAGUUCUCCUGCAGGUUCGCAAAUCUUCGAGCGAGACGUUCAAGAAAGUACCACCGUUAUACCUAAUUCGCCGGCUAUCCCGUCCCAUAUCCAGACUGAAAACUAUAUCCCACCUGUCCUCGACGCAUCCUCCGAAGCUAUUACCGAUGAUCGCCUCAACCCCGACUCCGUCGAGAUCGUAACUCAUAACGCGCACCAACCUGCUAGUGUGACGGUGACUGGUGCUUCCCAAUUUGAAACCGCGUCAAGUUCAUGGGCUGAGGAUCUUGCUGCUUUCUCCGACAAGGAGGAGGCAGCCUCGAACUACGGAUCACUCGACUCGGCUGAUGUUAGACGUCUGAGCUUCAUUUCAUUUGCGGAUGUGGUCCAGGCAGAGCAGGUACCUCCGAAUAGCAGCCGAGAUUCUAUGCAUCUUGCUGGUUUGACCUCUAUUGGAUCGAGAGGAGUCAAUCGUUCUCCCUCCCCAAUAAGAUCACCUGUCUCCUCGCAGGGACCGGAGACCUCGCCACCGAACAGCAUCUCAGGAUCUAUUAAGGGGCUAAGCAUGUCACCUGUCCGGAAACCUCUUGGAAGUCCUACCUCCGCAGAGCACAGUCUUUCGGUAAAUGGAGAUCUCAACAUAGAGACCAUGUCGCAAGCCCUGAGACGUACUGGUAGCACCGACCUCAGCAUUGCUCGGAGUCUCCCCAUUAGCCCGAUUGAGGGCCUUUCUCGCUAA